GCAAAUAAGAAUAGACCAAUGCGGUGUGGUCCGGUCAGGUAGUAUUGUGUGUAGUACCCCAGAGUUUAGGCACAAAAUACUACUUGUCGUCCAGCGAGUUACAGUACUCGAAUUGAUCUUGAAGACAUCCAGAGGCCGGGUCAUGAUAAGAGAGUUUUAAUUUCCAGUCGGCUAACCUUUUCAGAAAACGUCAGCACCCCAUCACUGGUGCCGUCGACAGGGAGUUCCUGAGGCAAUAAGAUGAGCAACAACAGCAAGUUCGAUGAUCUUCUUACCCAGCUCGGCACUAGUAAAUGGAACAUUAUAUAUUUCCUGGCUGCCUCCUUCUGGGUUUUCAUGGUACCUCCACAGUUUAUCAGUGGAGUAUACUUGGCCCCAGCUGUCAACUACACCUGUCGCCCACCUGAAUCAGAAGAAAUCGUCCAGAUAUCCAAGGACUCAUGCUACUACUCGACAAACGGGUCAUCCUCGGUGGGUCUGGAGGAUGAGCCUUGCACUGAGUGGGACUUCGACACCUCAGUCUUCACCAGCACUCUCACUUCUGAGUUCUCGCUCGUGUGUAAACGAGACCACCUCAGAGCCACAUAUCAAAGUAUCUACAUGAUGGGUACCAUCUUCAGCCCUCUGCUUGCCGGCUACCUCGCUGACAGAUACACAGCUCUGGAGGUGUGUGAGCCCAAGAACAGAGGUCUGGUGGGUAUCAUGAUGGGACUGCCCUGGGCGUUGGGUACCAUGCUCUGGGGUGCUCUGGCUUACUGCAUUCGUGAGUGGAGGUGGCUACAGGCUGCUGUGUCCUUCCCAAUCUUGCUCGCUCUCAUCCCUACUUAUUUUAUAGACGAGUCUCCACGCUGGCUUAUCGUUAACGGACACUACGACAAGGCCCUAAAGGUACUGGAAAAAGCAUCCCGCUGGAACAAGGUCUCACUACCUCCUGAAGAGGACCUCAGAGCCCUCAUGAGGAACAUACAAGAAGAGUCGGUGGCGGCAGCCAAGGCGAGGGAGACAGUCCAGGAAGGUUCUGAGAAGUUAUUCAAGAAACUCUCCAGGUUCCUGAGUCGACCAGGUGUGCUCAGUAACCGUGUCAUCACCGUGGUCACCGUAAUUGUUUGCCUGGACAACUUCGCUGCCUCGUUGGUGUUCGACGGACUUAACCUGAGCGGUGACAAUUACAGUGCCGAUCCCUUCCUCUACAUUGUGUUGGGGGGACUGAUGGAGGUGCCAGGGUACACUAUCAAUGGCCCAAUCAUCGACCGCUGGGGCAGGAGAGUGCCCACUGCCCUUAGUUUCAUUAUCUGUGGCAUCCUCCUCCUAACACUUACCUUCAUUCCUUCUGGCUUGUCUUGGCUGGUGGUGACUCUAGCCCUGGCUGGCAAGGUGUGUAUCAGCGGAGCCUUCCAAAUCAUCUACGUCUACAGCUCAGAACUCUUCCCUACAGAGGUCCGACUCCAAGGCCUAGGAGCCGCUUCUGUCUUCGGCCAACUUGGUUCUGUCAUCCUGCCAUACAUCACCACCUACCUGGGGCCCCUGGUACCCUGGGCGCCGUCAGUAAUAUUCGCGUCGUUGUCACUGAUGGCGGGUGUGAUCACCAUGGCGCUACAUGAGACAGCAGGCGAGGUGCUACCUGACACCAUCACAGACCUCAAAAACAUCGGCUUACGCAGGAAUCGAGAAAAAAAUGUUGAAUCCACAGAAAUGGAGCAAACACGAUACAAAGGCGGCAAUGUGCAGGAGUAACUAAACUAAUUUUAAGAUUUCUUUCGGUCUGUUGCAUGACACACGCCGAGGGGCCAGGAACUUUGGAGUUUGCAUCUGUAGCCAGUGAAGGUUAGAAUUAUGUGUAGGAUAUUCGGCCUAAACAGUUAGAUCUUUUGCACGCAAUAACGAAGGUACAGUAAACCGUAUAGUUUGCGAUUGACAAAAAUACCAUUGAUUAACUUCGUAUUUACAUUACUAUGACUAAGAACGAAAUAUUCGUGGAAAGAUAAUUUCAGUUUUAAUUUCCGUUAUUUGCCCAAGCAAGCCAAGACAACAUUUCCUUUCUUCAUAAAAAUAUUACGAACUCCAAUGUCAUUACCCUUUUUCAAAAGGGUGUACUGGUAAGCCAGUGGAAGGCCUCGGUCAGAAUGCCAAAAUCUCCAGAGGCGAGUCAUCAUAUGACUAUGACCCACGUCAGAAAACAAUUAAUUGUCCUGUUUCCUGAUGAAUCACACCUAACAUAACUUUAUUACCAGUUAUGUUUUUAUUCAGAUUCAAUGCACAAGUUAUUUUAUUACGAAUGUCUUUAAAUAAUAAUUUAUCUGUAAAUGAUUAUAGGAUUACUCAUUAAAAUUAUUGUGACUUAUUGGAAGAGAGCUAUCAAUAUGACAGUUUUCUGAACACUAUACAUGCUGCUCAAAGAGCGUUUAUCCCAUAUAAAGAAAUUAGAUCAAAUAGAAAUGACCCAAAAUGGAUGAAUAAUAGGCUCAAAUAUCUACUAGGGCAUAAGAAAGGAAUUUAUAGGCGUAUCAAAAGAGGUGAGGGUCAUCUUAUGAAUCAGUAUAUUAACAUUAAGAGGAACAUUAAAAAGGGGAUAAGAAAAGCUAAAAGGGACUAUGA